AUGCUACUAGGAGGCGCAGAUACUAUACUGCAGCAGCAGCAGCAGGAGCAACAGCAGCAGCAGCAGCAGCAGCAGCAGCGUGCUGAUUCCGACAACCAAUGGUACGAUGAGCCCCCUAAGAAGAGGGCAAAGAGGGAGCAGCAAACAGAAGAGCAGCAGCAGCAGCAGCAGCAGCAUGAACUGCAGCAGCAGCUGCUGUUGCACCUGCAGCAGCAAACAGGAGACUCUGCUGCUGUGGGGCUGCAUGCAACAGAGCAACAGACGUUGCAGUAUGUAGGAGAGGCAGCAGCAGCACCACCACCACCACCAGAAGCAGCAGCAGCAUCACCAGCAGCAUCACCACCAGCAGCAGCAGCGGCGGCAGCAGCAGCGUCACCAGCAGCAGCAGCAUCACCAGCAUUAGCAGUAGCAUCACAACUACCAGCAGCAGCAGGCGCAGCACAAUCAUCACUAGCACCAGCAGCAGCAGCAGCAGCCUCACCACUAGCAGCAGCAGCAGCAGCAUCGCCACUACAAACAGCAAGAGCAGCAGCGUUACCACUAGCAGCAGCAGCAGGAGGAGCACAAUCACCACUAGCACCAGAAGCAGGAGCAGCACAGUCACCACUAGCAGCAGCAGCAGCAGCAGCAGCGCCACCACUAGCAGCAGCAGCAGGAGCAGCACAAUCACCACUACCAGCACCAGCAACAACAGCACCAUCGCCACUAGCAGCACCAGCAGCAGCAGCAGCAGGAGCACCAUCACCACAAGCAGCAGCAGCACCAUCGCCACUAGCAGCAGCAGCAACGUCGCCACUAGCAGCAGCAGCAACAUCGCCACUGGCAGCAGCAAUAGCGCAGUCACCAGUAGCAGCAGCAGCAGCAGCAGCAGCAGAAGUAGCAGCAGCAGCAGCAGAAGUAGCAGCAGGAGCAGCAGCAAAAAGAGAAAAAGGAGAAGGAAUAACUUCCCCUGUUUGGGUAGAUGACACAACACCGCAGCAGAGCGAGCUGCUCAAAGCAGCAGCAGCAGCAGAAGCAGAAGUAGCAGCAGCAGCAGAAGUAGCAGCAGCAGCAGAAGUAGAAGCAACACCAUCAACACCAGCACUUUCUCCGCCAGCAGCAGAAGGAGCAGCACAUGCAGCAGCAGAUGCAGCAGCAGAAGCAGCAGCAGAUGCAGCAGCAGCAGCAGAUGCAGCAGCAACAGCAGCAGCAGAUGCAGAUGCAGCAGCAGCAGCAGCAGCAGCAGCAGAAGAGGAGAAGGAAGAAUUUUUGUCUUUCUGGACAGGGGAUAUAAGUCAGCAGGACGAGCUGCUGACAGCAGCAGCAGCAGAAGCAGCAGCAGCAGCAGCACCAGCAUCAGCAGACGAAGCAGCAGCAGCAGCAGCAGAAGACGACCUCCUUUCCUUUUUGAUAGAAAAUAUGGAUAGGGAGCUAGAUGGAGUGCCUUCAGCAGCAGCAGCAGCAGGAGCAGGAGCAGCAACAGGAGCAGCAGCAGCAGCAGCACCACCACCACCACCAGACUUAUAUCCCUACUGGAUGGAUAAUAUGAAUAUGCAGCAAGAUGACUUUCUUAUAGAACCAGCAGCAGCAGCAGCAGCAGCCCGAGCAGCAGCAGAAGCAACAAGCCCGGCAGCACCACCAGCAGCAUCACCAGCAGCAGCACAGGCAGCAGAAAAAGCAGCAGCAGCCUCGGAGCCAGCAGCAUCACGAGCAGCAGCAGCAGCAGCAGCAGCAGCACCAUCACCAGCAGCAGCAGCAGCAUCACCAGCAGCAGCAUCACCAAGGGUAGCAGCAGCAUCACCAAGGGUAGCAGCAGCAUCACCAAGGGUAGCAGCAGCAUCACCAAGGGCAGCAGCAGCAUCACCAAGGGUAGCAGCAGCAUCACCAAGGGUAGCAGCAGCAGCAGCAGCAGCAGCAGCAUCGCCAGCAGCAGCAGCAGCAUCACCAAUAGCAGUAGCAGCAUUAACACCACCAGCAGCACUAGUACCAGCAGCGCCAGUAGCAGCAGGAGCAGCAGCAGGAGCAGCAGCAGGAACAGUAGUACUAACAGCAGGACCAGCAGCAGGAGCAGCAGCAGGAUCAGUAGUGCUAACAGCAGGACCAGCAACAGGAGCAGCAGCAGGAGCAGCAGCAGGACCAGUAGUAAUAACAGCAGGACCAGCAACAGGCGCAGCAGCAGCAGCAGGACCAGUACUACUAACAGCAGGACCCGCAGCAGGACCAGCAGCAGCAGGACCAGUAGUGUUAGCAGCAGGACCAGCAGCAGUACCAGCAGCAGCAGCACCAGUAGUACUAGCAGCAGCAGCACCAGCAGCAGCACCAGCAGCAGCACCAGCACCAACAAUAAUUCUCCCUGUAUUAGUAAGUGAUGUAUAUAUGCAGCAAGGAGACAUUCUUCCAGCAUCAGCAGCAGCAGCAACAGCAGCACCAGCAGCACCAGCAGCAACACCAGUAGUACUAACAGCAGGACCAGCAGCAGCACCGGCUAUACUAGCAGCAGCACCAGCAGCAGCACCAGCAGCAGCACCAGCAGCAGCACCAGCAGCAGCACCAGCUAUACUAGCAGCAGCACCAGUAGCAGGACCAGCAGCAGCAGCACCGGCUAUACUAGCACCAGCACCAGCAGCAGCCCCAGCAGCAGCACCGGCUAUACUAGCAGCCGCAGCACCAGCAGCAGGACCAGCAGCAGCAGGACCGGCAAUACUAGCAGCAGCAGGACCAGCAGCAGGACCAGCAGCAGCAGCACCGGCAAUACUAGCAGCAGGACCAGCAGCAGCACCACUAACACUAACAGCAGCGCCCCCUGCAGCAGAAGCAGCAGCAGCAGCAGCAGCAGCAGCAGGAGGACAGCCAAUUCAGCAGCAGCAACCGCAGCAGCAGCAAUUGCAGCAGCAAUUGCAACAGCAAUUGCAGCAGCAAUUGCAGCAGCAAUUGCAGCAACAAGCUGCCUAUACAACCGAAGGUCUUCCUCCUAAUACUCCUGUAUUAGUACUUAAUGCCCUCCCUUCUCCUUCUCCUUCUUCUCUUGUAUUAGCUAAUCAGCAGCAGCUAGCUAAUCAGCAGCAGCAGCUAGCUAAUCAGCAGCAGCUAGCGAAUAAUCAACAGCUAGUUGUGCCGCAGCAGCUAGCUUUGCAGCAGCAGCAGCAGCUAGCUAAUCAGCAGCAGCUAGCGAAUAAUCAACAGCUAGUUGUGCCGCAGCAGCUAGCUUUGCAGCAGCAGCAGCAGCUAGUUCUACAGCAGCAGCAGCAACAGCAGCAGCAGCAGCAGCUAGCUCUGCAACAGCAGCAGCAGCAGCAGUUAGCUCUACAGCAGCAGUUAGCUCUACAGCAGCAGUUAGCUCUACAGCAGCAGUUAACUCUACAGCAGCAGCAACAGCAGCUAGCUCUACAACAGCAGCAGCAGCAGCUAGCUGCACCGCAACAGCUAGCUACGAAUCAGCAGCAAGCAGCACAGCAGAAGCUAGGUGCAGCACAACAGCUAACUACGAAUCAGCAGUUAGCUGCGAAUGAUCAGCUAGCUCCCCUGCAGCAGCUGGCUGUACUUCAGCAGCUAGCUGCACCACAGCAGCUAGGUGUACAGCAGCAGCAGCAACAACAACUAGCUUUACAUCAGCAGCAGCAACAACAACUAGCUUUACAGCAGCAGCAGCAACAGCAACUAGCUUUACAGCAGCAGCAGCAGCAGCAGCAGCAACUAGCUUUACAGCAGCAGCAGCAGCAGCAGCAGCAACUAGCUUUACAGCAGCAGCAGCAGCAGCAGCAGCAGCAACUAACUUUACAGCAGCAGCAGCAGCAGCAGCAGCAACUAGCUUUACAACAGCAUCAGCAGCAGCAGCAGCAACUAGCUUUACAGCAGCAGCAGCAGCAGCAGCAGCAACUAGCUUUACAGCAGCAGCAGCAGCAGCAGCAGCAACUAGCUUUACAGCAGCAGCAGCAGCUCGCUUUGCAGCAAGCUCUACAGCAGCAGCAAGCUCUACAGCAGCAGCUAGCUCUGCAGCAGCAGCAGCAGCAGCAGCAGCAGCUCGCUUUACAGCAGGCACUGCAGCAGCAGCAGCAGCAGCAGCUCGCCUUACAGCAGGCUCUACAGCAGCAGCUAGCUCUACAGCAGCAGCUAGCCUUACCUCAGCAGCUAGCUCUACAGCAGCAGCUAGCUGUGCCGCAGCAGCUAGCUCUACAGCAGGAGCUAGCUGCACCCCAGCAGCUAGGUGCACUGCAGCAGCUAGCUACCCCGCAGCAGCUAGCUACACUGCAGCAGCUAGCCACACUCCAACAGCUAACUGCCCCUCAGCAGCUAGCUGGACUGCAGCAGCUAGCUGCCCCGCAGCAGCUAGCUACAGCGCAGCAGCUAGCUACACUGCAGCAACUAGCUGCCCCUCAGCAGCUAGCCACAGCGCAGCAGCUAGCUGCACUUCAGCAGCUAGCUGGACCUCAGCAGCUAGCUACAGUGCAGAAGCUAGGUGCACUGCAGCAGCUAGCCGCAGUGCAGCAGCUAGCUGGGCCUGAGCAGCUAGGUGCACUGCAGCAGCUAGCCGCAGUGCAGCAGCUAGCUGGGCCUGAGCAGCUAGGUGCACUGCAGCAGCUAGCUACGGCCCACGAGCUAGCUGCAUUUCAGCAGCUAGCCGCACAGCAGCAGCUAGCAGUACAGCAGCAGCUAGCAGUACAGCAACAGCUAGCCGCACAGCAGCAGCAGGUUCUACAGCAGCAGCUAGCCGCACAGCAGCAGCAAGCUGUGCAGCAGCAGCAGCAGCAGCAGCAAGCCAUCCCUCGGCAGCUAGCUGCUCCCCCCGAGCCAGAUAGCCCUCCACGGCUAGCUAGCCCUCCACCGGUAGCUAGCUAUCCCCAGCUACCUAGCCCUCCCAAGCUAGCUAGACCUCGGCAGUUAUCCACUCAGCAGCAGCUAGCUGAACAAGAGCAGCAGCAGCUAGCUAAACAACGGCAGCAGCAGCUAGCUGAACAACGGCAGCAGCAGCUAGCUGAACAACAGCAGCAGCAGCUAGCUGCACAUCCGUCGUUAUCCCCACAACAGCAGCUAGCUACCCCUAGCCACUCAGCUAGCCCUCCCCAGUCAGCUAGCCCUCCCCAGCUAGCUAGCGCUCCCCAGCUAGCUACUGCUAGCGAGCUAGCUAGUCCUAGCGAGCCAGCUAGCCGUAGAAGAAGAGGAGGUAGAUCUAAGUUACGAAUAAUAAGGGAAGAAAUAACAACAGAAAGAAGAAUAACAAGACAAACAGCAAGAUUAUUAAGACAACAGCUGUCUAUACACCCAAAUUUAGAUAGUCAUAUACAACAAGGACAGCUGCCUAUACACCCCAAUUUAGAUAAUUAUAUACAACAACAAGGAAUACUCCCUAUACACCCCAAUAUACAACAGGGAGAGGUGCCUAUACACCAGGAGACAGAUAGACAAGAGGAGAAAAAUAGGCAACAAAAGAGGAGAGAUAGGAAACAAAAGGAGACAGAUAAGCAACAGGAGGAGGAGACACAUAAGAAGGAAGAGAUAGAUAAGGAGGAGGAGGAGACAGAAAAUAAACAAAAAGAAACACUUAUAGAGGAGGAGACACAUAAGGAGACACCUAGACAAGAGGAGACACAAAAGGAGACACAAAAGGAGACACAAAAGGAGACAAUUAUACAACAGGAAGCACAUACACAAGAGGGAAUACAAGAAGAAAAGGAGACACAAGAAGAAAAGGAGACACAAGAAGAAAAGGAGACACAAGAAGAAAAGGAGAGAGAAGAAGAAAAGGAGACAGGAGAAGAAAAGGAGAGAGAAGAAGAAAAAGAGACACAAGAAGAAAAGGAGAGAGAAGAAGAAAAGGAGACAGGAGAAGAAAAGGAAAAAGAAGAAGAAAAGGAGAAAGAAGAAGAAAAGGAGACAGUGUAUACACUACGAGAGGGGACACAAUUAGCAUUCCUUAUACAAACAAAGGAGACACAACAGGAACAAGAGGAGAGACAAGAAGAAGAAAAGGAGGAGAGACAAGAAGAAGAAAAGGAGGAGAGACAAGAAGAAAAGGAGGAGAGAACUAUAUUAAUAAAGGAUACAUAUAUACCUAUAGAGGAGACACAAGAAAAGGAGACACAAGAAAAGGAGACGCAAGAAAAGGAGACACCUAUACUACCUAUAGAGGAGACACCUAUACUACCUAUAGAGGAGACAGCUUAUAUACAAGAAAAGGAGACACAUAUAUUAAUAGAGGAGACACCUAUAUUAAUAAGGGAGACACCUAUAAGGGAGACAAUAAAGGAGACACCUAUAGUAAUAGAGGAGGAGACAGUAAUAAAGCAGACAAUAAAGGAGACACUAUAUACACAUAAUGAGGAUACAGAGGAUUAUAUGCCUAUGGACUUUAUACCUGAGGAAACAACAGCAGAUGCAGAUGCAGCAGAUGCAGCAGCAGAAGCAGCAGAAGCAGCAGCAGCAGCAACAAUAUUGCAGCAGCAGCAAGAAGCAGCAGCAGCAGCAGCAGCAGCAGCGUUACUGCAGCAACAGCAAAUCCAACAGGAGACAACAAUUCCUUAUGUAGUGAUUAACCCUGAGGAGACAGCUAGCUAUGAGGGGACACUUAUACAGCAGCAGCAGCAGCACCAGCACCAGCAGCUAGCUGUACCUCAGGAGACAGCUAGCUAUACAGAUACAUAUAUACAGCAGCAGCUAGCUGUCCCUGCUCCUAUACCCCAGGAGACAGUUAGCCCAGGGGAGACAUAUAUGCAGCAGCUAGCUAUCCCUAUCCACCAGCAGCAGCAGCAACAGCAGCAGCAGCAGGAGCAGCUAACUGUUAUCCCUCAGGAGACAGUUAGCCCAGGGGAGACAUAUAUGCAGCAGCUAGGUAUCCCUAUCCACCAGCAGCAGCAGCAACAGCCGCAGCAGCAGCAGCAGCAGCUAACUGUUAUCCCUCAGGAGACAGUUAGCCCAGGGGAGACAUUUAUGCAGCAGCUAGGUAUCCCUAUCCACCAGGUCGUCGUCGUACAGCAGCAGCAGCAGGAGCAGCAGCUAACUGUUAUCCCUCAGGCGACAGGUAGCCCAGGGGAGACAUUUAUGCAGCAGCUAGGUAUCCCUAUCCACCAGCAGCAGCAGCAACAGCAGCAGCAGCAGGAGCAGCUAACUGUUAUCCCUCAGGCGACAGUUAGCCCAGGGGAGACAUUUAUGCAACAGCUAGCUACCCCUAUCCAUCAGCAGCAGCAGCAGCAGCAGCAGCAGCAGCUAACUGUUAUCCCUCAGGAGACAGUUAGCCCAGGGGAGACAUUUAUGCAGCAGCUAGGUAUCCCUAUCCACCAGCAGCACGUCGUUGUCCAGCAGCAGCAGCAGCAGGAGCAGCUAACUGUUAUCUCUCAGGAGACAGUUAGCCCAGGGGAGACAUAUAUGCAGCAGCUAGGUAUCCCUAUCCACCAGCAGCAGCAGCAACAGCAGCAGCAGCAGCAGGAGCAGCUAACUGUUAUCUCUCAGGAGACAGUUAGCCCAGGGGAGACAUUUAUGCAGCAGCUAGGUAUCCCUAUCCACCACCAGCAGCAGCAACAGCAGCAGCAGCAGCAGCUAACUAUUAUCCCUCAGGAGACAGUUAUCCUUAAGGAGACAAUUAUACAGCAGGAGACAGGUAUACAGCAGCAGCUAACUUAUAUACCUCAGCAGCAGCUAGCUUAUGUGCAGCAGCCGCAGCAGCAGAUAGGAAUUAUACCUCAGCAGCAGCAGCAGCAGCAGUAUAUAACUCAGCAGCAGCUUACUGUUGUCCCUCAAGUAUUAUCCCUGCACCAGCAGCUAGCUGCUGCUAGUGUCUCUGUUGGGCAGCAGCAGCUAACUAUUGUCCCUUCGCAGCAGCUAGCUAUUGUCGCUCCGCAGCAGCUAGCUGUUGUCUCUCCGCAGCUAGCUGUGUACCCUCAGGAGACAAUUCUGCAUCCGCAGCUAGCACUCCUACAGCAGCAGCAGCAGCAGCAACAACAACAACAGCAACAACAACAACAGCAGCAGCAGCAGCUAGCUGCUGCUGCUGCUGCUCGUCAAGGAUUUAUACAACAAAGACUAAGACCUGCCUCCGUAUAUCCAGAGGAGACACCUUAUACAGAAAAAGGAGGAGGAGGGAGAGGAGGAGGAGGAAGAGGAAGAGGAGGAGGAGGAGGAAGAGGAGAGGAGACAGAGGAGGAGGAGGAUACAGAGGAGGAGGAUACAGAGGAUGAGACAGAGGAGACAGAGGAGACAGAGGGGACAGAGGAAGAAGAAAGAAAAGAAAAAGAAAAAGAAGAAAAAAGAAAAAGAAUAAUACAUGUAUAUUGUAAUAAAAGAAGAAUAAGUAAGGAAAUAGAUAAUAAUAAUAAUAAUAAAGAAAAAGAAGAAGAAAAAAAAGAAGAAAAAAAAGAAGAAAAAAAAGAAGAAAAGAAAGAGACACAGGAACAAGAAGAGGAGGAGAUAGAGGAGAUAGAGGAGACAGAGGAGGAGAUAGAGGAGACAGAGGAGGAGAUAGAGGAGACAGAGGAGGAGAUAGAGGAGACAGAUGAGGAGGAGGAAGAAGAAGAAGAAGAAGGAGGAGGAGGACAAGGAAAAGAAGAAGAAGGAAUAAAUUAUAAAUUAUAUAGAGGAGAAGAAGAAGAAGAAGAAGAAAAAGAAGAAAAAAUAUAUAAAUUAUUUAGUCAUGGAGACGAAGAAGAUACAGAAGAAGAAGAAAAAGAAAGAAAAAAAAAAGAAGAAAAAAAAGAGACAGAAGAAGAGGAGACAGAGGAGACAGAGGAGACAGAGGAGACAGAGGAGACAGAGGAGACAGAGGAAGAAGGAGAAGAACAAGGAGCAGGAGGAGGAGGAGGACAAGAAAGAAAGGAGAAAGAAGGGGAAGAAGAGGAAGAACAGGACGAGGAGACAGAGGAGGAAGAGGAGACAGAGGAGGAGGACGAGGAAGAAGAGGAAGAAAAAGACGAGGAAGAAGAAGAAGAAGAAGAAAUAAAUAAAAUAAUAAAAGAUUUAAUGACUAAUAAAGAUUUAGCCCCUAGGGGUGUAAUAAUAAGAAAACCUUUAGGCGGAUCCUUCCUUAGUAAUAGCUUCUGUGCCUAUCCGUGCUCCCCAGCAGCAGCAGCAGCAGGAACAACAGGAGGAGAAGGAGAAGGAGGGCAAUAA